AUGCUGGGCACGUCGGGAAGAAUCUACGGGCGCAGCUUGUAUGACGAAGCUGUAGCGCGUUUUCUGGUGUUUGGCAGCACUGAUGACGAUCACGCACGCAAUCCCACCCAAGUCACCGUCCGAAUGAAAGACAACGGACCUGGACAAUUCACUGAUUUCCGUGAAAUCAUCAUAAGCUUCGCCCCCGCCGCUCAUCAGACGCUUAUUCGAUUAGGCCUCAGGAGCGAGACAGCGCCCCAAGAAGAAAGCCUGGUGAUCGACGGUCCUGGCGGCGAGCGCAUCACGGCGCCAGACUCGGUGUAUGAAUAUAGCCAGCUCUUGGGUUUCACGAUCCGUACAAGCUUUGGACGCGCAGCUGACUUUCCAGCUGGGUUUCGAGACGACAUUUCACCUCGCGCAUCGGUAGCGAGAUCGGUGCACUGCCCGGCAAAAGAGAGCAUUGUCGGCUUCUGGGCCAUGACAGAGACAGAGAAAAUCUUCGAUCUCGGCCUUAUUUCAGCUCAGUCUGUGGUAUGUAAUGCAGGAAACGACGAGGAGUGUGGAGAGGAGCCCGCCGUCGUAGAGGGCUUGACCAUGUUGCACGAGGCACAGGAAUGA